UUUGAAUGGAGGUAUUGUUGUGAACCUACUCCUGACAGGUUUUGAGAAAAGUUUAAUUGAUCAACUAUUACCGAUCGUCAGCGAGAAACUGGGGAGGAGUUGGAAUUUUAGAGGAUAUAUUUCGGUCUCUUUUAUCUGUCAAGCUUGAACUGGCACCAUUUUGACAGGUCAAUGUCUCGUUUCUUUUCCAGUCCUUAAAUAUUGCCAUGUCAUGCUGCAGUCUUGCAAUUAUGUUGCAGCAUUUCUGACAGACUCGAAAUCAAUAAAGAGCUGUGUUCAACAGAACUGAUGCGGUUGAGCCGGCGCAUAACACACAUCAUAACCAAACAUUAUGUGAUUGGCUUACGUUUACACCAAUGAUUUUAAACUUCAGACUAGCGCCCCCCCCCCCCAAGAGAAAGUAAACGCUUGUCAAUUAUACCCUGCCAGACUCUACGAAGCAAAAUGAAGUAGCAGAGGAUGGUAUUAUCAGGCUAGUUAUGCUAGUAUAUGUUUGUGUGAGUUACUGAGGAUCACUGACUAUCACACAAGUAGAUGUGAUUUCAAGUUUAGACCGUGAUCUAUUCAGUGACUGUAAAGCUCUGCAGCACAACUGAUCACUCACUGUCUCUAUGUGUCAGACUUAUGACUGAUCUCAUCACAGCAUCAUUUCACAAUAAAAACAUCAUCUGAACUUUAGAUCUAAAAUGUUGUUUUUCGUGUCCUGUAGAAGUGGGUCAGUGUUGAAAGAUGGAGUCUGUUUUAGAGCUCAAGAACACACUAGAAGAACUGGAUGGACCUGGUCUGAAACACUUUCAAUGGCACCUGAGGAAUAAUUAUGGUAUUUCAGCUUGUAAACUGGAGAAUGCAGAUGUCUUAGAUACAGUAGAUAAGAUGAGAGAACAGUAUGGAGCAGAAAAGGCUGUGAAGGUCACAAUUGAGAUCCUGAGGAAGAUGAAGCAGAACGAGUUGGCCGAACAGCUAGAAAAUAAACACAAGGAAGUUACAGUUGACAAAAAAGCUAAUGAUAGUGAUUACAGCGAGCUCAGCAACAGAUUGAAGGAGUCCUUAAAACGGCACUAUGAGCAAAUAUUGGAUGGUAAUUCACAGACUGGCCAUGUAAAACGACUGGAUGAUAUUUACACUGAUCUCUUCAUAGUAAAGAAUGAGACUGGAGGAGCAGUGAGUGAGCAUGAAGUGAGACAGAUUGAAUUAAAUCACAACCGAACUCCUGCUGAGGACACACCCAUCAAAUGCAAUGACUUAUUUAAAGUCCAGUGUGAUGGACAAAACCGAAAAGUGCUGACGAUGGGCAUCGCAGGUGUCGGAAAAACUGUCUCUGUCAAAAAAUUCAUCCUUGACUGGGCUGAAGGAAAAGAAAAUCAGGAAAUUAUCUUUGUUUUUCCUCUGCCCUUCUGUGAUCUGAAUUUGAUUGAAGAGGAUUACAGUCUAAUGGAUCUGAUUCACGAAUACUUUAGCUGUGUUAAACAACUCUCAUCAUUACCUAAAGAUGAAGGAAAGAUCAUGUUCAUCUUUGAUGGCCUGGAUGAGUGUCGAUUCCCAUUAACAAUUAAGAAGAGUAAGAUAUUGACAGAUGUUCAUAAAAAAACAACAGUGGGUGUCAUCAUUACAAACUUGAUCAAGAAAAAACUGCUUCCUUCUGCUCUCAUCUGGAUCACCUCCAGACCAGCAGCAGCCCAUCAAAUCCCUCGAGAAUACAUUGAUCAGGUGACAGAGGUCCGAGGAUUCAACGAUGAGCAGAAGGAGAAAUACUUCACCAAAAACAGCAAUCCUGAUGUGGCAGAGAAAAUCAUUUCACACAUGAAGAAAUCCAGGAGUCUUUACAUCAUGUGUCACAUUCCUGUCUUCUGCUGGAUCUCUCUCUGUGUUUUUCAGCCUCUGCUGGAUCAAGAGGAUCAUGAAAAAAUUCCCACAACCCUCACAGGGAUGUACAUUUACUUCUUACUUACUCAAAUAACACAGAUGAAAGAAAAAUACAGUGAUGAUCUUAAAUCUAUUGAAGAUGUUAUUCUGAAACUGGGAAAACUGGCUUUUAAACAGCUUCAGAAAGAAAACCUGAUUUUCAACAAAAAAGAUCUUGAAGAAUGUGGUCUGGAUGUCAGUCAAGGUCUGAUUUACUCUGGCUUAUGCACUCAAAUAUUUCAGACAGAAAAGCCAGUUUCUGGGAUAAAUGUCUACAGUUUUGUACAUCUCAGCGUUCAGGAAUUUCUUGCUGCUCUCUAUGUGCUUAUCAAAUACAAAGAUGUAAAAACAAAUCCUUUCCUUCUCACGCGGGGUGAAAAAAUGAAAUGGAAAUUGAAAAAUUCACUAAUUGACCUUCAUAAGACUGCAAUUAAAAAUGCUCUUCAGAGCAAGAACGGACACCUGGACCUUCUCCUUCGGUUCCUCAUGGGUCUUUCAUUGAAGUCCAAUCAGAAUGAGUUGAAGGAAUUUCUGCCCAAACUGAAGAUCACAGAUGAAGAUGAAAAUAUGAGAGAGACUGCUGAUUAUAUCAAAAUGAACAUUAAGGAAACAGAAUCAGCAGAGAAGAGCAUCAAUCUCUUUUACUGUUUGAGUGAACUAAAAGAUAAUUCACUGAUCACAGAAAUCCAGACGUAUCUGAAUUCAGGAAAUCUUUCGUCUCAAAACCUCUCAUCUGUUCAGUGGUCAGCACUAGCAUUUGUGCUGCUGAUGUCAGAAGAAACUCAAGAGACGUUUGAGCUGGGGAAAUACAGAAGAUCUGAUGAAGCUGUGAUUCGACUUCUGCCAGUGAUCAAAAACACCAAAAGAGCUGAGUAAGUUUUAUCUCAACAUUCAUUCAUAUUAGUAAAUUAUCAAAACAAUAGUUUGUGGCAGCAGUAAUGUUUAUUAUUUCUUUAGAGUAAUUAAUUCUCUGUUUGUUUAAUUGAAUGAAAACAUUUUCAUAGAAAUGCUACAUUUAUAAAACAAACCACAACAAAGAUCUGUUGACUAUAAACAAAGCAGCAGCAAAGGUUUUUUUUGCAGCUCAAUAAAUAGUGUUUAUUGAAACUAUCAGAAUAUUUUAAAGAGAAACUCGGAUGGGGUUUUAUAGCUGCCUAAUUGUUACGGAUUCACCAGGGCUGCGUCAGCCCCGACAAAACGUUGCACAAAGUAAACCAAAACGAUAAUUUGUUGAACACCCUGUUCCGAUGACGCAAGAGUUGCAACUACGGUAGCUGAGAAGGCCAUUUCUUGUGUUCUUUUUUUAUGUUUCUGGAGCCUGAUGAAAUUAAUAUAAAUAUGUGUUAAAUACUGUAAAAUACGCUUGAUUUUACAGUCACUGCCCUUACUGUCCACAAUGAAAGAGAACAUUUCAAUUCGCAACUUAUUGUGCGAGCUGUCUCUUCAGUACCGCAUGGUUUAUUUACAUGUUGCUGCUGAUUGGAUGGCAGUUUUGACACACCCACCAAACAAGAGAAAACGUAUCUCAAACUCCGUUGCACAUCGGUGCACGCCAUUUACAGUAAACAUGGCGUUCAACCCGGAAACCGUACCUAAACGUUGCGCACUGUUUUAAACGUGAAUGUGCCCCUGGCCCCUCACUCACUCUUCCUCAAUGAUUCACUUCCCCUGUUUACUAAUCACUGUCACCUGUUCUCCAUCACCUGCCUGUACUAUUUAAGUCAGCUUCAAACACUCAGUCAUGGUCUGUUGUCCCCAUCGUCAGUUCAAUAAUGGUUAAAGUAAAUCUGUGUAUCUGUGACUGUCAAGAGUGUUGUGUUGGAGUUGCCUGUCUGUACGCUGUUUGUCUGUCUUUAACGUCGUUUGUUCAAUAAAUACGCCUAUAGUGAUGCAAAGUCUGAUUCAUUUCUGUGAACCCGUUCUUUUUGGACAGUUCGGCUCAUUGAACCGGUUAAAAAAGCUGAUUCUUUGGUUCCCGACGUCAUCAAGAAAUUACAUCACUACGCAUUUAUUUUCUAACAACUUGUAUCAAUGAAACAUUUAAAUAAAGUUUUUUUGUGUCAACACAUUAAAACAUUCAAAUAAAAAGUUAUUUUAUAACUCAUAUCUGAUUUUUUUUUGCCUUUCAUUCACUAUAUUUAAUAAUGUUUGUGGUCAGUUUCACAAUGUCAGUACGACUGACCAGUUUGCAAGGCCAGGUAUUUUAAACUGAUUGGACCUCUGUGAAAUAGGGUGGAUCAGCAAAAAAAUGUAAAUAAGGAAAAUAAAAUAAGAACAAAUCAAGAAAUUAUAAGCAUGCAGGUGCUGGUCAUAUAAUUAGAAUAUGAUAAAAAAGUUGAUUUAUUUUCAAUUCAAUUCAAUUUUAU